CAUUGCAUAGAGCUCACAGAAGACGGAAAAAGGGUUCCUUUUCCUUUCCCUAAGCUUCAGAGGUGUUUAGCCGAAGAGACGCGUGGAUUUUAUCAAGAACAUCUGGAAAAUAGAGAAAAAUGCCAUCUUUAACAAAGACUCUGUAUUUUCUUUUGAGCGGGCUGCUCACUGCCAUUUCUAUUGGUUUGCUUGGUUUUGCCAUGUCAACGACAUGGUCUAAAACGACAAUGGACUGCGAAGGAUCUGGGAUCAAUGGAACUGCUGGAAGUGCAGAAAUAACGAUGGGCCUUUUCAAUGGAAAGUUAAUAAGAGCCUCCUGCCCCAACUUUGGCAGUGAGGAUUCAUUUUCAGUGUUUCCAGCAUUGUUAGUCAUAGAAGUGACUCCUCGGGUUCUCCACGGUCUGUGUUUGGGCCUGCUGGGUUUGUGCUUCCUGACUUCUGCCCUGAGCAUCCUCGUCUCACUCUACAACAGCGUCAGCAACCCUUACGAGACCUACAUGGGCCCCAACGGGGUUUACACCUGCUCCUCCAUCAGCGCGUUCUCGUCCGUUCUGGUCCUCAUCAUUUACGUGCUGAACCACAUUCUGACCAAAAUGCAAGAGGAGUUGGUUCCCAGCAUUGCUGAGAUUCCAGAUACUUCCGUGAUGCUGACUCAUAAAAGGCUGGAGGUGAAGACUGGGUAUUUCCUGCUCAUCCCUUACGCGGUGCUCUCUCUGCUGGCCAUCUUGCUCGUCUACCUGUACGACCACGCAGCCUACACCCACAGACGGGAACAGGAGAGGCCCACAGAGGACGCCCCUAAGGAGAUCAUGAUGUACUAGCGAUAAUCACGCCAGUGACACUUUCUCAUUUCCUAACGACUUUCUGGGAAAACUUGCUGUGAUAGAUUAUUACCGAUCAUGGUGGUGUACAGAAAAGAAUGAAUGCACAGCUUGCUUGAUGCACAAUGUGCAGGAUUUGAUUUUAUUGCAUUCGGUUUUGACAUUUUAGAGAGAAUGUUUGGUUGCAUUUCAGUUUUAAGUUAAUUUAUCCAAAGUGUGAGAAGCCAAAUUAAUCAUUUUUAUUCUAUAUUUUUCUCAUAAAAUAUUUCACAUAAUAUUUUUCUUUAAAACGUAUUUAUUUUAUAUAUGAACAAUACAAUAGUACUUAGUGCAAAGCGAUACCUUUCUAUCUCUUUCAGAAUAAAAUAAGAGUCAAAUCAGCAUCAGCACCGAUAUUACUAAUCAAUAAUGUGCAUGCAUCCAUUUGCAUCUCUUUGGAUGAAAGCAAUUUCUACCCAUUGUUUUUUUUUUUCAGUUUAAUAUCAAAUUAUUUUCUAAAGAAAAAAGAUCAAUUGAUCAAAAUCACUAACAAAGUAAUGAUAUUCACUGAUGUUUGCUGCCCUCUCGCUGAGAUAUGAUGCAAUUGCAAGGAGUCAACAUCAGUCAAAUGCCACUGCCGAGACAUUUCCAGAUCCUCAGUUUCCUCUGGUUUACCAGCCUUUAUAUGGAAAUAUGUUGCACAAUUAACAUUAUUUGGAUAAAGAGCCACUGUAACACAUCAAAGAAAGACAUCUUAUCCCUCUAAAGUGAAGGUUGUGACAACAGGGAUUUUUUUUUCUUGCACAGUUUGGAAUUAUUCUGUUAGAUAUUGUUCUUAGUGCAAAUUUGUGCAUUAAGCAUGUUUAAAACCACCUGAGUGGUUACUGUAUAUUAAUCCUCCUGAGAAACCACUGUUUUUUUGUUGUCACCAAUAAGGUCCUGGGAUCUUUCUUGAUAAUGCAUGAGCAUAAUUCACGGAGAUAAAGGUUUAAAGGCAUCAAUUGUAGAUCAUUUGCUUCUUUCUUGGUCGAAACUCUGUCAGUCCACGUUAACAUUGAGCUUCUUUUCCUGCGGACACAGAGACGGGUGAGACGGACAUAAUUAAACCAAGGCUGGUUCCUGAACCCUGCAACCAUUUUCUGCCAUUUGGGCAUGACAGAUUGGGUCUUCCAAAAACACAAUUAUUCGUCUCUAUCAGACUUUGUAGAUUACACCGAAGAACCUGCUGGGUCUGUGCAGCCAGUUUUAAUGAACCCUACCAACUGUGGUAAAAAGCAUGGCUGUACAACCAACCAGAACUAAAACAAACUCUUGUCUUAAAAUGAAAUGUGCUAGUAAUUUGCAACAGGAUAUAGCCAAAUAUUACUUGUGGUGUAUAUAUGUAUUUAAGCCCGUGUGUAUCAUUUUGAACCUGUGGAUUAAAUAAAAUGAGAAUUGAAUUUAA